AUGCGGGAGAACGGGCGCGCGGCGCCGGACCUGACGGCCUCGCCGGGCCGAGCACCGCCCGGGCCGCCUCAGCCGCCGCGCGCCAACCAUGCGCCGCCCUGCGUGCUGCAGCCAGACUUCCGAAAGGUAUCAGGAGUGAGCAAUGAAAUAUUCAGGCAGAUUGAAAUGGUGGAGAAUGACCACGAUUCGACCACGGCCGCGGCGCUCGAGGCGGUGGAGCGCCGCGGCGAGAUGAUCGUACGGAUUCUUGAAAUCAGACAAGUGGGCCGUAACAAUAUUGAAGCCGCCAAGAAGUUCUUCUCAUUACAGGACUCUCGACACGUAGUUCAACUAGUCGAAAUUGUAAAACGUCCUGGCCAGACAUUGGGACUAUAUAUCAGAGAAGGAGAUGGUGGAGCGAGGACGGACGGAGUGUUCAUAUCUCGAAUAGCUCUGGAAUCUGCCGUCUAUAACAGCGGUUGCCUAAAAGUUGGCGAUGAGAUCCUUGCGGUGAAUCUGGUGGAUGUGCGGAGAAUGUCACUGGAUGAUGUCGUUAUUAUAAUGUCGAUACCAAGGAGGCUGCUGUUAUGUACGAGACAGAGGAAAGGUAAAUCAGGACCAGGCUCUCCAUCGAUGCCGAGGUCAGAGCACAAGCCACCGCCAGUUGUUGUGCUCAAGAGGGACUGUCGAGAUGACGACGAGAGAGACCGGGACAGGGUUGAUGGGCUUUACUCGCAACAUGGGACUCUACGAUCUACCGGUCCCAGUGGAGGAGUUCGGCCAGUUGGCGAUGGAAGGGAAGAAAGAAGUCGGAUACAACUCGGUGCUCUGUCACCGGAUUCAACGGCAUUGGAUUUAUAUUACAAUCCACGACCGUCAUCUGAUCAUUCUACGUGGAGCUACAGGCCUCCACCACCGGUAAUCACGGAGCAACCAAAGUCUCAAGCGACUCAUUUCGUACCGUACGAAAGAUCUUAUCCAAACACUUUGGACAGCUUGGCCGAGAAGGUUCAUUCUUUCUAUCCUGCUGACAGCGGAAGGUAUGAUAGUACGCGGUUUGGUGGUCGAGUUCCAAGAUCGGGAUCGGAACAGCAGUUGCCUAGAGCAGAAACUCAUUCCGAUUUCGGUAGACACUCUUUGCUCAGAUCUAGCUUAAAGGCCUCUGCUGCGACAGGAGCGUCAAGCUUAAGAUAUAAUCAACGAUACGGUGGUGUAGGAAUGACAGGAUCUGGCCUGACAGGCACUGGAUUAACAGAUUCAGCAUUGACUGGAACCAGUUUGGGCCCCGGGCUUCCUUCUGGCCUUUCCACAACAGGACUCAGUGGCCUCACUGGUUCAAGCCUAGUUGGCUCAGGCUUGACAAGCUCUGGGCUAGGGUCAGGAUUAGGAGGAACGGGACUUGGCUCCACUUUGAGUGGAGCAUAUGGUACCACUGGACUUGGUCUGCCAUCAUAUAGUAGUAAAUUCGGAACAGCUAGGAGGAAUCGUAGUCUGGACUACUCUUCAGACACUGAGGCUACGGCUCCUACUAGAACUCCUUAUUACUCAGGCCUUAGUGGUUACAGGAGUAGCACUUUGGGAAGGGACAUUGGAUCGAAGUUUAAUUCCUUACCAAGAGACGUAAGAGGAACUGGUCAAAGGUUGGGAUUAAGUAGACGUGCAGGAAGUGUUCUACAAGAUGAGCCGGAGCCUUUGUCUUCUCGUUUAGAUCUUCGUUCUUCCAGGGUAUUUACUUCAGACGAGUAUAGAGCGUGGCUGUCACGAGCGCCCUCUACAAGUGCACUCUACGAGACACUGCGUCCAAGACUUCCUACGCAUUACUCAGCUGAAAAUAUACAUGAUGCGCUCAAAAACAUGGAAAGUGGCAGUAGGUUCGGGUCAUCACUAGGUCUUGCAGGUCGUAGAGUGGAAAGACCGCGGCACUUACCUGCCCGCUCAGUGUCAUCACAGCAGUUGGGUGCAACGCAGCAGCUUGGAGGAGGAGCUGGAGGUUCUCCUUCAGCUCGUCGGGUCCGGCAGCUGCUUGAGCUAGGAUCUCGUUUCAAUUGCCCCAACCCGAGCCCAGUUCCAACUCCUGGCUCCCGACAUCAGAGGCAUCUUGAUAUUAAUCCUAGCGAGUUCCUAAAGUAUAAAGUUGAAAAACCAGCGACUGGCGGUCUUUCGGCUUCGAUGACUGGUUUGUCUCGGUUGUCUGGUGGCAUCUCGGGCAUGCUAUGGGUGCAUCUCUUAGCUGGACGUGGUCUUCGGCCAUCACCGUCAGGAGCAUCGCCAGGAUCGCCACCAUCAGGUCCACUAGCACCUGCACAACCCCCAGUUGCACCAAGAGACUUGUAUUGCGUACUAGAAUGUGACCGUGUACACAAAGCUCGUACUGUGGUUCGCACGGGCGAAUUACAAUUCGACUGGGAUGAAUCUUUCGAACUGGAUCUAGUUGACAAUAGGCAAUUGGAUGUCCUGGUCUACUCGUGGGACCCCCAACACCGGCACAAGCUCUGCUACCGAGGCGCUGUUACUUUGCCUGACUUGUUGUCGCGCGCACCAGCUCAUCAGUUGGCUAUUAAGAUGGAACCUCGUGGUACUUUAUACGUUCGUGUGAGACACACGGAACCACACGAUCUCUUCCGAAGAAGACCAGCGCCCCCUCGAAGCUCUGCGCUGUUCGGGGCUGAGCUGGACACAGUAGUCGCACGGGAACCACGUCCACCACACGCACCCCCUGUGCCACUGAUAGUGAGGCGGUGUGUUGAAGAAAUUGAGAGGCGUGGCUUGGAUAUCAUUGGACUUUAUCGUUUAUGUGGAUCGGCAAGUAAAAAGCGUAUUCUACGGGAAGCGUUUGAGCGAAAUGCUCGGGGCGUGGAACUGGCGCCUGACUCGGUGCCAGACAUCAACGUCAUUACUGGUCUGCUGAAGGACUACCUCCGGGAGCUGCCACAACCGUUGUUCAGCCGCUGCAUGUAUCAGAUGACCCUUGAUGCUCUAGGCAUAUGUCUCCCAGAUGACAGGGAAGGCAACGCUCGACUGAUGGCUUCAGUAGUCGAGUUACUACCGCGAGCCUCAAGAGCGACCUUGGUCUUCUUACUCGACCACUUGGCUCUGGUGGUAGCAGCUCAGGAUCGUAACAAGAUGUCUCCACAGCAUCUUGCAGUGGCUCUAGCACCACCUCUAAUGCUCCAUUCUCAACCACCGACAGAACUUGACUAUCAAAGGUCCAUCAACGUUCUGCAGUGUCUUCUCCAGAUCUGGCCUGCUCCUAAACGUUCAGACAGUUCGGCGCGGCGAGUCAGUAACCGGGCCGCGUGGAAACAGAGUCAGUGCGUCGCCAGCGGCCUCACUCACGCUCCCCCAAGGCCGAGCUCCGCCCUCAGUCAGUCCAUAUCGGCCUCCAGUGGCAGCAUCAGCAGCAUCUCCGCCGCCAGCUCUCUCGGGUCGGCCCGCGCCAGACCGCUCGCCGCCCGCACAUGUUCUCUCAUCAGUCAGGGCAGGCCAAUAUCGUCCGCAGUCGCCGCUCAGAGGCCCUCUGCCCGCUCCACCUCGGUCCCGUCAGGUGACAGUAUCCUCUCCAGGUUCACCCAGUAGCAGCUCCGGCAGUCACAGCCCUGCGGAUACUAUUAAACAUGGAGGAUCUGUGUCCUCCAUACUGAGGCAACCGGAGCGCGCUGCAUCACCGCGGUCUUCGCCGCGAUCUUCUCCGCGCGCGUCUCCCAGAGCCUCGCCGCGCGACUCCCCGCGGACUAGCACGCCGCGGGACGUCAGGGAGCAUGGCCCGCGGGACUCGCCGCGGGACCACACCCCGCGCGACAACUCUCGUGAGCACACGCCCCGCGACACGUCGCGCGAGCACACCCCGCGGGACGGGCCGCGCGAGCCAGGAUCCCGCGAGUCUCCGCGUUCCGUGAUCCCGGGCACGUCAGCGGGCCUGGCCGUGACGCUGAACUCCCCGGGGCGCGUGGCAGGCGGCGGCCUGAGCCCGCGGUACAGCUCCACCAACCCGUUCCUGCAGCAGUACGACGCGGAGGAGGAGGCCGAGGCCUGGCGCGCCGCCGACAUAUUCUCCUCGUCCUCCACGCACGCAUAGUGCUCGUAGCGAAUUGAGAUUUUCUAGUCAAUUUUUUUAAUCGAAUCGAAAGAGUGCUACGAUUCCGCUGUAUAUUAUGUUGUUUAUUCGACGAGCGUGGUGCGCGUUCGUGUAAUGUUUGUUAUAUAUAGAGCGAGUUACGAUGUAUAUUACUGUGAGAAUGUAUACCUGCUGAGGCGCGAGGUGACUCGCCUCGCCGGCCGCCGGCGUCCCGCCCCGUAGCCACUAUAGUGUUUAUCGUAUUGUAUUGUACAUUGUAUAUAAUAAACGUAUAUGUAGGUACGCUCCAAUUUUGUACCAGUCGGGCGGGACCGCGGCGGGCGGCCCGCGGCGCUACACACAUCAUCCCACAUAUCAGAGACUUGUGUACGGAAUCGAAACCAUCAAGUGAAUGUCCAGACUAGAAUCAUCAAACAAAUCAGCUUCCAAUAUAAGACUUAUGAGAACCAAACUAAACGAUUUACCUUAAAAUAAAUAAUACACUAUAAUGUUAGUAUCGACGACGGACACAAGUCAGUAGCUCGAGUAGGGAGAGUGUAUCAUAGAUCAGACGUACGGACUGUCUUGAGACUGAGACCAUAUCAGAGUAGCUCGUAGACUCGAAGGCUAUCCGUCGUAGAACGAGCGAUUUCGUGGCAUAUUGGAAAACGUCUAGAAACGCAAAGCUAUUAUGAAUGUUAAAGUACUAUUCAAAUAAUCCCUGUUCUUUAAUAAAGUAAUAAAUAUAUAACAUAUUAUUAUAUUAAUUAAAUAUAGUAUUAGAACGCAUUUUUACGAGUCGCUAAUUCUAUGAAGGAGAGGAAUUUAAUCCGUUUGGAUCGGUCGCAUUCUCAAGAUCAGGGGCGCUGUGUUCGAAAUUCGGCUGAAUGUUCAAAUGGAUUCACUAUACAACUGUACCGUAUUCAAAAUUGUACUUAAGCAUUCGAAAUUCGAAAACAUAACCUCAGUUCUUAUCUAGCGUCUGCUAGACAUAUAAGAGUGGGAGAAAUCGACCAAUGACAGCACUGAUCCUACUUUCACUGCCAUGAUUGGUCCAUUUAUACUAGAAAGCAUAUUAAUUAUACACUUGUUUAUAUGUCUGUCGGAGGCUACACGGUUACUUAUUACUUUUGAGCGACACUUCAAGACGAAAUUUUGUUAUUAAAUAUUAACUGUUUAUAAAAAUAGCAUUGCACAAAUAACACGACUGAUAUGGGACACAAAAUGUUUUUGAUACUUUUUACUUUUUGUACCUGUUCCUCGUUUGUAAUAAUGACUAGGGCUUCGUUGGAGAACCUCGCCUUGCUGUACCUCUAUAAAUUUAUAUAAUAUCAGUAUUGGUGCACGAGUUCCCUUAAUUCUCAUUCAUUCAGUUCAUUCUUCGCAGGGGCCUCUGACGUCAGUCAUAACUAAUACUAUAAAGGAAUUCGUGUACGAAUAAAUAGUUACAUUAUCUUGUAUGAAGGCUGAAAAUCGAUGACAAUAUGUAGCGAUAAUUUUAACCGAUCGUACGGGUUGUAUUAAUCGAACGGUCGCCUUCAUGAAGAUUUUGAUUGUCGGUUCGUAUUGCUGGACACUCAAUGUUUUAGAUGUUAUUUAUAUACGUGUGGAAAAAUGAUUUCUAUUGCAAAAUAUUAAUAUUAAAUAUUAGAGAAUAGAGGGGUUUUAAACACUCAAUUUAGAUAAAUGAGGAUGAUCGCAGUGGAUCAUAUUGAUCAGAAACGUGUUUAGUGUAGUACAACCAUAAGUUCUUUGUUCGAUGGGAGAUCUUAUAUAAAAAUAUUUUGAAGAUAUUUGAGUCUUUUCUGAUGUCCUUUUGGUCUGAAGGACGAAAAUCUAGUUGUGACUGUUAUCACGAUAGUUGUCCGGCAAUGGGGACCGACGGCUUCCACUCGCUGCGCCUUACUCGUCCUAGUAAAAUUAUGAGCUUAACGAAAAUUCGUUUAAAAAUAUACACGUGUAAUCAUAAGACAUUGUAAUCGGCAGUAGGUCUAUCGCCUUUUAUUGUAAUAUUUUAGACUUUGAUACGAUUGAUCAUGACUUGUAUUGUUCACAUUUAAUCAUGACUAAGGCGUAGUGUUUGGAUUCAUAGCUGUACGGGUGCUUGCGUGGUCGACGUUUUGUUAUACCGAUUGUUCGCCGUCACUGUCUGAGUAAUUUACAGAAAGAUUGAGAAGGUCUGUUGUUGAAGGGUUAAAAAAGAAAAGCAAUGGUCUACUUAAGUUUAUUGUAGACGAGUGAUGAAAGAAACAGUAUAACAGAAGGUUAGCGAUGCGAGCAAGCUCUAAAUGUUGUGAGUGGCUUGAAGUGUCGCUCGACAGUCCUGUAGCCAGCCGCGAUACGGCGGUAGUGUGUAGUGACUACGGCGCACAGCUUAAGUUGGCUUCGAUGGGGCAAUAAUUCUGAGAGAUUACACUUAGGUUUCGAAACGUCACACCUAGGUACCAAUGAAAUGUAAUACAGUUAUAACGUCUUUGUAAUUUUAGCACUUGUUAGAAUCCAUCUAUAAGUAUAUAAAAAUUAAUUUAUUGAAAAUAAAAACUUAUUAUACACGAUUAGAGUUACAUAUUCAUUGACUUGAUAUCUGCCCGCCCAUAUAUCUUGUAUAUUAACGAUUAAAAGUUUAACUAGAUAUAUUCCAAAUUAAAUGAAUAUAACGAUUUAAUUGAUAGAUGCUAUAUAUUUUAAUGUAGAUAAACAAUUUCAUUGAUUUCUAUGUUUGUUUGUUUGUUGAUGUACACAGUGAUAGAGUUUUAUAUGCAAACCGAUGGUAACACAGCAUUUAUAGAGCAAGGUUACGAUACUCGGUUAUAAGGAAGUACCUAUAUAAUUUGGCCUACGUACAAACUCGAUACGACUACCUAUAUCUUUAAAGUUUAGAAUAUCGUGUUUUUCUAUAUCUAUUUAUAAAGAAUCUUCUCUAUUGUUAGAUUUUAUGAUGUUACAGUUGAUGCAAGAGAUGGCCAAGUGUUAUUCUCUCAAAGUUGAUGCCGCUGUACGUUUGUGUUGCGGGACGAUGGUCCCUCGGAUAAUAUCAGUAUUUCGACAAUUUGGUAAAACGUAGCGUUACAUACGUGAAUUUAAAGUAAAGAGUACACGCUGCCCGUAUAUGUACCGGGCGGCUGGAACACACACGAAAAUAAAUAAUACGACG